UUGUUUUUUGUUUUUAUACAAGCGGUCAUUUCACCAUUUUCCUAAUUGCCCUUUAUAUAUCUUUGAUGUUUUCACAUUAGAUGACCAGCUUACCUUUGUAAUACAUAUAACUUGUCCCUGAGUCUAAUGAUCAUAUUUCUUUGAAAAAUUGUCAUGCUGCACUUUUGCGAAUUGAGUAGUAACGCUAGGCAACUACUAUUUUUUUGUCAGAUAAACAGCAGAAUAUUUGUUUUGUGUGGGCACGUCAGAAGCAUAAAUUUCCAUUAAAAAUUUAUAUAGAUAUCUGCAGUUUGAAAGAGAGCAUAAGUAGACAAAUUUUAUUCUUUACUAUUUUCUGGUUGAAAAAAAUCUCUAUAUAUAAUUAUGAUUAACUCUAUCUUGGCUGCAUUGAAUUCCAUUUGAAUAUUUACACAAGAUUUGAAAGACAUGUCAGGAAAUCAAUGGAACUUCAGCACAGUACUCUCUAUGCUGAAUAUGCUCAAAUCCCUAUGUUUACUAUGUUUAUAGUGUUAAGUUGGUUACGUGUCUGUCAGAACUGUAUUCAACACAUCUCUGUGUAUUAAUCUGAAAAUAAGCUCAUUUAUUUUCUGUUUGUCUUUAACUGUAUAAAGACUCGGCAUACAACAGAAAAUUUGAUAAAGAGUGUAAAACCCAUUGGAUGCAAAGCCAGAUUUUGUUUCCUGUUAAUCAUUCCUUUCAACCUUACUCAGUGCUUGCUGAAUUAUAAAUGAAAGUCUAAAUCUGAUGAUAAUCAUUGUGCGUGUUUAAUAUUAGACCACUGGGGGUAUAUAUCUGUAUUUCUCCUACCAGCUGACACACUUUGUUGGUUUAAUUAGUUGUAAGACCAUUACUUGGAUGUGCUAAAAGGACAUUGUUAAACUGGGUUUGUAUUGCAUUAGCUAAUCAUGCAUUUAAUGUUAUAUUACUGCAAAACUGGGUUAAAUAUUUACAAGUAUGGAAGACUUUAAAUGGAGUUACCUGAGGAGUAUACACUCAUUGUUUGCACAGCCUUGUUGUCUGAUCUAAACAAAGCCAUGCUGCCAUGCUAUAUAUAGAAUUAAACCAUGUAACCAAGACAACAGAAUGCCACUUUCAAUAAUGUACAGUUCCACCAAGAAAUGAUUUCAGAAGCUAUUAAAAAUGUAUAAACCUAAGAAAAAAAGGUACAAAUUGUAAAUGAGGUCAUGCAUAACAAAUGUCCAUUUAAAUCAAUCUUUUGUUCCCCCCUUUGCGUCACCUUAAAGUAGAGGCAUUAUCAUAUUAUAAAUACUUAUUGAUCACCAGGUAUUGAACUCUGCCAAUAUCUACGUGUUCAGGCAGGUAGAUUGUCGCAUGGACUUUAUACAAGUUUGUACCUGCGUACAGGCAAAUGUUUUAUUCACUAUAAACUAGUUUACAAUUUGAAAUGCUUUUGUGAGGAGUAUUUUUACUUUUAACUUUUUGUGAUAUUUAUUUCAAGAAGUACAGGCAGUGUACUGUGAUAGCUAGCUUAUUUUUUAUUUAUCAUCAUCCGUCCAAAAUGAUUAAAUUUGAAAGAACUGGAUUUACUACCUACAGGCUAAACCCCAUCAUUCCACAGUCCACAGCUUCGUCAAUGAGUCCAGAUUCCCAGACUGGUAUAAUAGGCAGCAGCACAGCGUCGUCCCCAUACAAUGAUACCAUUACAUCACCGCCGCCAUAUUCGCCCCACACAAGCAUGACAUCACCCAUACCCACUGUACCAUCAAACACUGACUAUGCAGGGGAUUCUGGAUUCCAGAUAAGUUUUUCACAACCAUCGAAAGAGACCAAAUCAACCACAUGGACGUACUCCGAAUCAUUGAAAAAGCUCUAUGUGAGAAUGGCCACAACUUGCCCGGUCAGAUUCAAGACACAGAGGCAGCCACCAGCAGGAUGUAUUAUUAGGGCUAUGCCCAUAUUCAUGAAACCAGAACAUGUUCAGGAACCUGUCAAACGUUGCCCUAACCAUGCAACAUCCAAAGAAAAUAAUGAAAAUCAUCCUGCCCCUACACAUUUGGUGAGAUGUGAGCAUAAACUAGCCAAGUAUACCGAAGAUUCCUACACGUCUCGCCAGAGUGUGAUCAUACCCCACGAGCAGCCACAGGCUGGAUCUGAAUGGGUCACCAACCUGUUCCAGUUCAUGUGUCUGGGGUCCUGUGUGGGAGGCCCUAACAGACGACCCAUCCAGAUUGUUUUCACUUUGGAACGAGAUAAUCAAGUACUGGGAAGACGUGCUGUGGAGGUGAGAAUCUGUGCAUGUCCUGGUCGAGAUCGCAAAGCAGACGAGAAGGCUUCCCUCCCACCAGCCAAGCAAUCCCCCAAGAAGGUUGGGAGCAAGAUUUCAUAUGGUACAGAAAUAACCACUAUAUUGCCAGGGAAGAAGCGCAAAUUAGAGGAUGGGGGAGAUGAAUCAUACACUUUAACCGUUCGAGGAAAAGAAAACUUUGAAAUUCUCAGCAAAUUGCGAGAUUCAUUGGAACUGGCUUCCAUGGUUCCACAGAACCAGGUUGACCGCUACAAGCAGCAACAGAUCGACGUUAACCGACAGUCCACGGUAAUGGCUGUUCCAAGUCGCGAUACAGAAGUGGUUGUGCAGACAGAGACUAGACAGGCUUCCCUCCCUUUUACUCCGGAGGUAGCCAAUCAGGUUCAGGUGUCAUCCUCACAAAAUGGUGCUGUCCAGGUGAUCCCCAUAGAGAAUGGGGAUGCCCAGAUUAAAGAGGAACUGUUGAAUGGCACAGACAGCAGCAUUGCAAGUUGGCUUACCAGCAUGGGUCUCUCGGCAUAUAUUGACAAUUUCCAUCAGCAAAAUCUCAUUACCAUGAGUCAGUUGGAAGAUUACACAUUAGAGGACCUCCAGAAAAUGAAGAUAGGAACCGCACACCGUAACAAGAUCUGGAAAGGCUUGGUCGAGUACAAGAACACGGUGAACUGCUUGAUACCAGAGUCCUUGCAACAUGAGUCGAGCACAGCUUCUGUUGUAAGUCUGAACUCCCAGAGUUCCAUAUCACAGAGCUCCAAUUACUGUCCGGGGUACUACGAAGUCACCAGAUACACCUUCAAGCAUACAGUGUCUCUGACUCGUGAGACCAAGAGGCCAAGGACUGAUGACUGAAUACCACAGUGUUCAGAGAUUAUACACAACGAUCAGUGCUGUAUUAAAAAUCAGGUCCCAAUUAAAAACCGGGUCCGUAUAGGUCACAAUAUUAAUGCUUACUUGUAUGCAAAACCAAGGAGGUUCUCGAGAUAGGUUUUGUUAAUAAUGACUUCUGUUUUACUAUGUAGAGAAGUUACGAAGAAUUACUUUUCAAAACAGGAUAUGUUUUAACGUCAUGUUUUUUAAUAUCUGGAAUUGCAGGGUUAAUUCCCUCACUGAAUUUUGUUGUUGACAUUUUACGUGUAUAUUUAUGUGUUGAAUAGAGUUAGCUUUUGAACAAGAGUACAGACUCUGUAGAGGUCUUAUUUGCUUUCUGUUUUGCUAGAAUUAAAACAGUUUUGUUUUUGUUUGUUUUUGAUGUUAAUUUAAAAGAGAUAUAUACAAUGACAAAACUAUAAUGGUGUUCAAAGUUCAUUGUGAACAAACUACUUCUGUGUUCAGUGAUGCAAUUACAUUGAUAUCAUCAUCAUUAUGUCAUCCUGCAUUUUUACAUCACAAUGAAAUUACAAUGGUGCAAUUAAAGUAUUCCAUUUUUCAUAUCAUUUUAAUUUAAAACACGUUGACUUUUUAUGGACUCAUUUUCUUGUUGGCCUUUCUAGGAUUUAUACAUCAGCAGACAAAUAUUGUUCAUUUGUGAAAUAUUUUGGAUACUUCAGUGUUAUUGAAUUAUUGCCAUUUUCUACUCGCCUUUUCAUAUUAUCAUUUGCAUCACAUACAACAAACAAGUCGAGAAACUCUCCGUCCAGUUUCUUUAUCUUUUCUGUUACCAAUUUCUGAAAGAAAUAAAGUCGAUGUUGUUGCGCAAUAUUCAAUUUAUAUGUAUUUGUGUGUACCACUGUCAGUUGCUGUGUAGUAUACUUAAUGAGUGACAGUUUAUUACAUUUUAAUUAUUACAGCUGAUCAAUUCAAAUGUGAAGGAAUUGAACAAAGUCUGUAGUACAUUCCUUCAAACUAACUUUAUUUCUAGUAUUUACCAUUUGUUUGAAUGACAGUUUUAGUAACAAGGCUUUUAUCAAUAAAUUUGUAAUCUUUUUUAUUAAUAGGUAUUCGCCUUAUUCAAGAACACUGCCUUUGAAAAUUAUAGAUUAAUUGCAUUUGUCACUAUAUUUUUGAAAUCUGAUUGGAUAGCUCAUUAUAAAUUUGUGGUCAUGUAAACGUUUGAUAUUUUCCUUACAGUAGGUAUGGAUUUAAUGUUAGAAAGUGUUCGGAUUUCGAGUGUGCAAUUGUUGACAUUGUGCCUUAGGAUGUGUAUACAGGUUAGAUACAAUCACCUUGGCAGACAGUUUCUUCUCACUUCUUGUCACAGGGUCAGACAUUAACAAAGUAGAAACAUACAAGUGCCCCACCUUGUCAUUUCUAGAGCUGAGGAACUGUCAGCGAGUAUAUCGCUAUUACACAAUGAUACACUGUCCUCGGUUAUGUUGAGACGUCCUAUUGCACUUCCAACAAUACUUUGCUUGUGUUCUCUUCCAAUAAAUGUUCUAGUAUUCUGAUGUAUAUAAGAUGUAUUUAUUUCUUUUGUUGAGAAUUUAAACAUAUUUUUUAAUGUAACCCAAAACUACAAGUUAAAAAAUAUAGAACUUUAUAUGGCUGUCAUCUCUGUGUUUUUGUGCUGAUUUUCAAGAUAUGUGAUGAUUGUGUGGAGCAUGUUUCUAUGGUUUUAUAAUCUAUUGAUGAGGUAUUGAAGUUCUCUGUGAAUUGUUGACUGUACAUACCUUGCAGAUUCUAUGGAGCUUAUCUUGAAUAAUUAUAUAAUAUAAAUUAUGAGUGAGAAAAGUUUUAUACUUUGUUUUACAAUAUAAUUAUAUAAAAUAAAACAAUUAAGAAUAUA